AUGAGCAGUGAGGGCGUGGCUGUGUGUGGGUGCGUGAACGCAUGUAUAUUUAACCCCAUCUUUCUCUCUCUGUGUGUUUCUCAGCGUGUCGGCCUUGGAGAUGAGAAUCACGCCAACUCGGAACGAUCCCCUCUCUUUGUGCAGUUCAUCGACUGUGUGUGGCAGAUGAUGAGACAGAUGCCGCUCCAUCAGAAUCUGAGUUAUUGUUUUUGCGUGAAGAACGUGGAGGAGCUCCAGAGAGAGGCCACGUCAUCCUGCUCCAUCUCCUCAUCCUCAGAGCAUACUUCUCCCUCCUCACAUAGUGGAGGCGGUUCAGCUGGACGGAGAGAUCCUGCAUGCGCUGUGAAGCGAGUGUGUUCUGUGGCGUAUCGGCACCUGGACAAGCACAAGAUCGAGCCGGUGCUCUACAUGAUGGAGUGGUUCAUGUGCGCCUUCUCCAGAACUCUGCCCUGGGCCUCGGUCCUCAGAGUGUGGGACAUGUUCCUGUGUGACGGAGUGAAAAUGAUAUUCUGUGUGGGUUUGGUGGUGUUGACGUCCAUGCUGGGUACUCGGGAUAAGCUCAAGGCCUGUCCGGGUCAGUAUGAGACCAUGGAGGUCCUCAGAGCGAUUGAGCCUAGAUACAUGCAGGAGGGCUUCUUCGUGCUCCAGGUUCUGGAGUUGCAGGUAUCGGCACAGGACGUGGAACGUGAGCAACGCACGCAGCUGAAGCGCUGGAAGAAGAAGCACGGCGAGCCCGGCCCCAAACUCCCUCAGAGAAUGCACAGUGCUCGCACCAUCAUGGCCACCGAGCCUCAUACACACCAAGACCUCCGCCAGAAACCCACCAUUAUGGUCCAGUACCCAUCGGUCCCUGAGGAGAAGUCCGAGCCGAACCUCAGGAAGAAGAGAGGGAGCCUGAAGAAAAACCAAGCCCUCAUUCCGAACCCCUACGCUCUACCUGGCGAGUCUAAACCUAGUCAGAUAUUGGACAUACAGCUUCUGAACCAGGAAAAUCUCAAUCUUGUACUUCCAAAUACACCAUCACAUCCACCACGGCUCCCUACAAUGCAGGAAAAUCAGGUCAAAGAGACGAGCACUUCUACAGAGCGACUCGUGCAGCGUCCUCGAAUUCCUCCAUCGAUAAGAAACUGGCGGAAUCUAUCCCUCUGCAACAUCUAUCCCUCCUUACUGCUCCUGUACACGGAUCACCUUCAGCGUAGCGUCCUCACCUGCUGAAAUGUGCUCCUGUCCAAUCCGGACAACCUGACCAUGAUGAGCUCCUUAAUAAUACAUAAAACUCAGCCACCAUUUUGGAUCCAUCUACACACUCAAGCCCUCUGCUAACGCACAACGCACCUGCCACCCACGACUCUCCUGCUGCUCCCGAGUACAAAAAGAACACUCAUUGAUUUUUUUUUUUUUUUUUUUUUUUUGUGCGUGUUAAACAGUGUGAUACGUUGAGGAAUUGAUUAUUGGCACACGUCUACUGAAUAGCAAGGAUCGUUAAGUCUUUAACGUGUGUAAACUAUACUUGUUAUAAACUAUACGUGUUAUAGUUUACACCGGAGGAACUGCAAACAAUCUGAGAGAGGACCACACUUGGUCCAAAAAUGUACACACACUCCACAAAAACUCUGCAGUGCCUGAGGAGUGUUUACUCGCUCCAGUCUUCAGAAGGGAAACUACCUACAGAUUCACUUUUGAAAGACUUUCACAGGCAUCACAAACAUUUGUUUAUAUUACACUCGUAUCAAUUUGGCAGGUUUUUUUCUUCUUAAUCCGAAGCAACCACCACUUCUUUGUGUUUGUAUUUCACAAAUUUCCUUACCACAUCUUACAAGAGCUGCACGACAAUCACAACAAUCCUGUACAAUAGGCACAGCCUUUUCAUUAACAUAAUCAGUGAAAUAUCUACUCUGUCUGUAUACUUUACACGCAAACAAAACAACUCAAGCUGAGAACUUUAUUGCUGAUUCACGUUAUACCACACCGCCUUCUAAUAUAGAUCUGAUCUAUAUUAUAUACACGUGUACCUUAGAUAACGCCUCUCUGAACGCCAUGGUGGGACGUUCCCGAGCUGAAGUACUGUACAAGUCCUAAGCAUUAGAUCACCCCAAUUACUCUUGUAUACUCUUUCCAUACCGUCGUGAUCUUUGCCUGACGAAGCCAUACACAAAUCAUAAUUGACAUUUGGGGCCUAAUUCUAAAAUCACCACAUACAAAAUGCACAACCAUUUUGUCUUGCUGCCAUCACAAAAUAAUAAUGUUUAAACCUUAAGUAACAGAGUCACGGAGGGUGUAUAUAUUUUUCCACACUACAUGAAGUUUGGGGAUCCUUAUAGACUGUGGAACAGAAGUGUACUCAGUGUGUCUCCACCGUUUUAUUUCAUAUUGGAGUACAACCAUUUUUCUUUUUUACCAUUAAGGAUGAAACACUUGUUUCUUUUAAAACACCAUCUUUAAAUGUUUUUCUACCUCCUAACUAAACCCUCGGACUUAAGACAUGAUCUUUGGAGCUGUUGACGCCCUGCUCAGGGUUAAACAACAACGUCUUUACAUUACCUUCAUUAAUAAUUUGUCAAUCUAUCCUCUUGGGUUUUUUUUUUUUUUUUUUUUUGGAGCAAAAGUCAGGUCCUCUCUCAUUUCAACAGGUCCUCUUGUUGGUGAAUACACAGCAAUCUUCUAAGGGUAUUAGGAUUUCUCGGAGCAGACAUAGUAACAGAUAGUUGCAGAGUUUCUUCUGUGUUUUAACCACAACGUCUUAACCAUUAUUUUAACACUGAGACAAAUGACUCCCUUUAAUUCGUUAACAAACACAUUUGUAAGAAUUCUGGUCAGCAAAACCCCCAAAAGAACACCUGUGUGUCUCUCUCUCACACACCCACCCCCGCACACCCACAUGGUCAUCAGAGGUCAUAAAUGUACUGCUGGGACAUGGGAUGUCAAAGCAUAGACAAAAGCUUAUGUAUUUAGCGACAGUUCUGUGUAAGUAUCCUCGUUGGUGAACCAUUUUCUGAAAUCUUGUUUAUAGUUUAAACAAAAUGCACGACUCUUUUAAAACACCGUCUUUAAAAAAGGUUUUUUCACCCUUAAAAUAACCUGGUUAGCAGGUAGGAUAUGUAAUACAUAUUUUCAUUUUCUUCAGGCAUAUUGUCACUUCAGUCUUCACAACAAAUAACACUGAAGGUUUUGACCUUUCUUUCAGUAAAAGAGAACAACGACAUCAUACAGCCUUGAAGGACUGUAGAAAUUUUUAUUUUACAUCCUAAAGGGUUAGGUUUAGAAGGCAUGUAAUACGCGCAUUUCUUAUAAAACACCGUCUUUAAAACAUUUACCUCCUAAAGGGACCUAUUUAGAAGGUAUGUAAAAACUUUUUUUUUUUUUUUUAACAUUUCUUCGGGUAUAUCAAUGUUUUAGAGUAUUUAUUUCAGUAAAUUUUUAUUCAAAGUCAUGCCAAUUUCUCAAAAGUGCAAUCAAUAAAGUUUAAUUUAUUUCACAAGCUUACAUUCUGCUCAUUUAUGUUCACAUUCAACCAUCGUGUAUUUUCUAAAAGCGGAGCUAUACAAAACAAACCCCCACAAUCUAAAUUUAA